AUGGCAGCACGGCUGGCACGAUCUGGCUUCUGGUGCCAUUUACCGAACUAUCCUCGCCCGAUUCCUCGACAACCCUCUCCCAUCCAGACCCUCCGACUAAACCGCUUCGCCUCAUACCAAAGAUUCCCUGGUCGAGGACCACAACAAACUCAGUACCGCACGCGGUUCCGACCCAUUAACCGCGUACAAUAUGUAUGGAAUAACUACAGACGGCAGAUCGCAACGGUCGGGGUCGGUAGUGGUGUGGUAUAUGUCUACAAUCUGGAGCCAGUUCCUAUCACGGGGCGGCGUCGCUUCAAUAUCCUGUCCGCCAAGACAGAGAAAUCGAUCAUGGAAGGUGGAUACCCGUUAUUGCUGGAAGAGCUGAAAGGGAAGAUCCUCCCAGCCGAGCACCCAUACACGAGAAUGGUUGCCAAUGUCGUCGAGAGACUUCUACCAGCUGUAAAAGAGUUGGCUGGAGAUGAAUGGAGGGUGCAUGUGAUCAAUGAUCCAAAGCAGAUGAAUGCAUUCGUCAUGCCGGGAGGCAAGGUCUUUGUCUUUACGGGCUUGCUUCCUAUCUGUGAAGACGAGGAUGGCCUGGCGGUUGUCCUGGGUCAUGAGAUCGCACACAACGUCGCACAUCAUGCUGCUGAGAGGUUAUCAAGGAGUAUCUUCACCUGGCCCUUCAUAGCUGCCGCAAGCAUUAUACUGGAUGUCUCGGGCGGUACAGUCCAGUUCAUCACCGACCUGAUCUUCAGCCUCCCAAAUAGCAGGACGCACGAAGCAGAAGCCGAUCACAUCGGUCUCCUAAUGAUGGCCCAGAGCUGCUACAACCCCGAAGCGGCUAUUCCGUUCUGGGAGAGAAUGAAAGAAGCUCAGAAAGGGGCUCCUCCACAAUUCCUGUCCACGCAUCCCAGCGACUAUAGCCGGAUCAAAGCUAUCACCGAGUGGCUACCCGAAGCCAAGGACAAGUAUCAAGAAAGCGGGUGUGGGUUGACCGGUGGGUAUGCACGAAAAUUCAGUCAAGCCUUCGGCAAGCAAGGCGUCAUGGGCAGGAAACAGCCAGUUAUUUUUCAGCCAGCAAGAUCACCACAGCAAGAAGACGACGAUCUUUGGUGA